AUGGCCCCAAAGAAGCCUGAACCCAAGAAGGCUGAACCCAAGAAGGAAGAACCCAAACCAGCACCUAAACCAGCAGAGCCAGAGCCCAAAAAAGAAGUUGAAUUUAAUCCAGCUUCUGUCAAAGUUGAAUUCACUCCUGAUCAGAUUGAAGAAUUUAAGGAAGCAUUCUCCCUCUUCGACAGGACUCCUAAAUCCGAGAUGAAAAUCACAUAUGCACAAUGUGGGGAUGUCUUGAGAGCUCUGGGACAAAACCCAACCCAGGCUGAGGUCAUGAAGCUGCUCGGCAGACCCAAACCAGAAGAAAUGACCUCCAAGAUGAUUGACUUUGAGACUUUCCUGCCCAUGCUCCAGCAUAUUGCCAAGACAAAAGACACAGGCACCUAUGAGGACUUUGUGGAGGGUCUACGAGUGUUUGACAAGGAGGGAAACGGAACAGUGAUGGGGGCUGAGCUGCGCCACGUAUUGGCUACGCUGGGUGAGAGGUUGACUGAAGAGGAGGUUGAUAAGCUGAUGGCUGGUCAGGAAGAUGCCAAUGGCUGUAUCAACUACGAAGCUUUUGUGAAGCACAUCAUGGCUAACUGA